AUGCCAGUCGAUCAAGAAAAAUUAGCUAAACUACAAAAAUUAUCAGCUAAGAACAAAGUUGGUGGUACUAGAAGAAAAUUAACUAAGAAGACUGGUUCUACAGCCAACGCUAACAAAGAUGAUACCAAAUUACAAGCUCAAUUAGCCAAAUUGAAUGCCAUUACAGUUGAUAAUGUCGCAGAAGCCAAUUUCUUCAAAGCAGAUGGGAAAGUUUUACAUUUCAAUAGAGUUGGUGUCCAAAUGGCGUCACAAUCAAACACUUCUGUAUUCUAUGGGCUACCACAAGAAAAGAAUUUACAAGAUUUGUUUCCAAAUAUUAUUUCUCAAAUGGGUGAAGAAUCUAUUCAAGCUUUGACUCAAUUGGCUUCUCAAAUUCAAGGCAGUCAAAAGAAUGGUAAAGAAGCUGCCGAGGAAGAAACUGAAAUCAAGGAUGAUUCUAUUCCUGAGCUAACUGAAGGUCAAACUUUCGAUUAA